AUGAUAUUAACGAGGAGGAGCAAACGUUGAAAUGUUUUAGAACGGUAGAUCCCUUUUAUUUUCUCUCUCUCUGAUCUCCUUCUUCCCCAAUUCUCAAACCCAAUCGAACCCUUCCUUUCUCUUCUUCAAUCAUUUCUCACCAUAUCAUAUCACGGCUUUGACAUUAUAAAGACUGAGUGGAAGGGUAAACUGGAGUUCAAGGGACGGAGGAAAACAAGUAGAUAAGUUGUUUGAGGUACUUACAUGUGUUGACUCUUACCUCCUGCAGAACUUUAGAGAUUCACCUCAAGAAUUAUAAAACUCACAAGUCACAACUGUAUUUGCCAACAAAUAUUUUUCAAGGGUCAAACAAGUUUUCCUCUAAAAAAACUGGUACUCUGGAAAAUUUUGGUUCAUUUGUACUGAGGUCUGGAAGCUGACGGUGGAUGCAGUUCUGUGUACGCCCGGAACAGUCAUCUGUUGCUUCAUAAGAUUUCUAUCUUAGCUGUUGUUCUUGUGUUUCUGAUCCUUGUUCUCAUGUUAGGCGACAUUCUAGUAUUUUGGAGAGAGCCAGAUUCCUUGAUGAUUAUUUAUUGUUGAUUUGUUUAUACCCACUGGCAACCCUUGGGACUCACAAAUGGCUUCUUAUAACGAAGAAGAGAAGACCGAGGAUUACCUUUUCAAAAUUGUUUUAAUUGGUGAUUCAGCUGUUGGGAAAUCAAAUUUACUUGCAAGAUUUGCCAGGGAUGAAUUUUAUCCUAAUUCAAAGUCAACUAUAGGAGUAGAGUUCCAAACUCAGAAAAUGGAAAUUAACGGAAAGGAAGUUAAAGCGCAGAUAUGGGACACAGCCGGGCAAGAGAGGUUCAGAGCUGUUACGUCUGCUUAUUAUAGGGGUGCAGUUGGAGCACUUCUGGUAUAUGACAUUAGCAGGCGCCAAACAUUUGAUAGCAUUGGUCGAUGGCUCAACGAACUUCACACUCACUCUGAUAUGAACGUUGUCACGAUACUUGUUGGGAACAAGUCAGAUCUUAAGGAUGCGAGGGAGGUGCCUACAACCGAAGGCAAGGCCUUAGCUGAGGCACAGGGUUUGUUCUUUAUGGAGACAUCGGCUCUCGAUUCAUCGAACGUAGUAGCUGCUUUUCAAACAGUUGUAAAAGAGAUCUACAACAUAUUAAGCCGGAAGGUUAUGAUGUCUCAAGAGCUCAAUAAACAGGAUCCUUCCUGGAUUGAAAAUGGAAAGACUGUUGUUCUACAAGAAGGGGAUAAAGAAAAAGAAGCAGAAGCUGAGACAAAAAAGGGUUGUUGUUCAUCUUAGGUUCAAUAUUAUAGCGGCUCCAAAACUCUGUUCUUGUUAUAAUUAUUCAACCAAACCUGAAAAUGCCAGUUGGGUAUUCAGGAUUGAUGUUUAAAUGUUCACUGAAAGGGAUUUUGGAGUAGAAAUUGUCAAUGCAUUGCUAGCACAAUUGACAUAAAUGAAAAGAAAAAUGUAGCGCUGCAGUUUCAUUAUAAGAACACCUGGAAAAAAAGUUAAUUGAUAAGAAUAUAGAAGAGUUGCUCAGAAUGAGAAGAGACACAAAAUGUCCCAAGAAUCGAUUUAUCUUACAUGCCUAAAUUCAUUAAAUCACU